GCGAGGCGUGACCUAGUUGACAGGCUCUGAGGUGCUGCUGUGGCGGCGGCCGCCGGGCAGAGCGGGCGGGAUAAGGGGAGGAGGGCGGCGACGGGCCAGUGGCUAGCGGCGCGGGACGCAGAGCCUUUGCACUUUUCCCUCCCGAGUGUCCCCUCCAUCCCCACCUCCCCCCACCCCCCCACUCCACACACCCUAUUUGCCCGUGAGCCUGGGGAACUUGCAGCUUAAAGCCAGCCACCCCCACGGCAGCAUGUACCCCAGCAACAAGAAGAAAAAGGUGUGGAGAGAGGAGAAAGAACGUUUGCUGAAGAUGACCUUAGAGGAGAGACGCAAAGAAUACGUAAGGGACUAUGUUUCCCUGAGCACCAUUCUAUCAUGGAAGGAAGAGAUGAAGAGCAAAGGCCAAAAUGAUGAAGAAAAUACUCAGGAAGCACCACAGAUGAAGAAACGCUUGAGUGAAAAGGUUUCUCUCUACAGAGGCGACAUCACUCUGCUAGAGGUGGAUGCAAUCGUCAAUGCGGCAAAUGCCAGUCUUCUCGGAGGAGGAGGUGUGGAUGGCUGUAUUCACAGAGCUGCUGGCCCCUGCUUGUUAGCUGAGUGUCGGAACCUGAACGGCUGUGAGACUGGACAUGCAAAAAUCACAUGUGGCUACGACCUCCCUGCAAAGUAUGUCAUCCAUACUGUAGGGCCAAUAGCCAGAGGCCACAUUAAUGGAUCCCACAAGGAAGACCUUGCAAAUUGCUAUCAAUCAUCCUUGAAGCUGGUGAAAGAAAAUAACCUCCGAUCAGUUGCAUUUCCCUGCAUUUCAACAGGCAUUUAUGGUUUCCCGAAUGAGCCUGCGGCAGUCAUUGCCCUAGGUACGAUUAAGGAAUGGCUGGCCAAGAAUCACCAGGAGGUGGAUCGAAUCAUCUUCUGUGUCUUCCUAGAAGUUGAUUUCAAAAUCUACAAAAAGAAAAUGAACGAGUUUUUCCCUGUUGAUGAUAACAAUGAAGGAGCUGAUGUUGACAUGAAAGAAGAUGCAGAAGGGCCAGAGCCUAAAGGCCUUUCUCCAACCCACAAGAAGAGCAAAGCCAAGAAACCAGAAAGUUCGAAAGACUCCAGUGAAGAUGAAAGUGCUCCAGAGGAAAAGCAAGCUUCGGAAGAGAUUGAGGGGCAGAGCCAAGAAGCAGGUGGGCUCAGGUUUCUUUUGAGGAGUCUCCUAGGCCUCAUCCACAGAGAUGGUGUCAACACCACCCCUGUGCCCAGCCCUGCUUCCGAAGACAAAGCUGAAGUCCAUAAAGAUGAAGCAGAUUCUGCAAAGGAUGAUAAUACUAUAAAAGACAGUGAUCUGACCAAUCAUUCUGUGUGUGACCAAGAACUUCCCAAUGGACAAGAGAAUGGCUCAACAAAGAGUGAGGGGAAAACUGAGACAGAAUCCCCAAGCUCCUCUAUGGAGACAGAAGACCUUUCAAGAAACCAAGAAGAUGCCACAGUUGUGGAACAACCAGAAGUGAUCCCCCUGAUAGAUGACCAAGAAGCACAGGAAGGUGGAGAAGUCUUUCAUGGCAAACUGCUCAUGCUCUCACCCUUAGAGGGUGCACCACUGGUUUCUUCUGCACUGAUGUCUCAAGGCGAGGAGGAUGCACCUGCUGUGUUUGCAGAAAGCCAAGGUUCCAGCGAGGCAGAAAACACUGCAGGUCCUGAUGAUGACACGAAUAGUCAGGUGGAUGGUGUAAAUAAGCCAACAGAGAGUCUGCAAGAAGAUCUCCAAUAGGGCCACAAGAUGAAGCAAAGGAACACAGAACUGAAGCUAAAUGACAGCCCUCAGCUUGGCAAGGCCUGGCCCUGGGGGACUUGGGAAGAUGAUAGUGUGUGCUGUGGAAGGGGGUGGGGGAGGGGGAAGGGCAAGUUCAUGGAAGAAAGGGGGUCCUUUGCUCUAAUUCUCCAGUUGCAUUUUGCUGUUUACCUACAGAAAAGAAAAAAAAAGAAAAAAAGAAAACAAAAAGAGAAAAGAAAAGACAAGAAAAAAGAAAAAGCAAGCAAGCUCCCUCCAUUUGUGGGAAGCCCCAUGCUUAGCAUCUUUCAGGCACUCAGUCCGUAUCAUAUCUGUCUUUUCUCCAUGCCUCACCCUAGGGCCAUGGUGAUUGGGUUAAUACCCACCCAUCUCCUAGCCCCUCUCUGCUUUCUUGAUUCUCUCAUAAAGCUGGUCAGAGAACGAUUUGUUCCACAAAAGAGAAAGAAGGUGAUGACAAGCUGCAGGCUAAAUUGCAAGAGUCAUCAUGCCCAGCAUUGAUAUAAUCCACAGACAGAGGAGGAAGGAUAGAAAAUGGGUACAAACUUCAGAUAAUACUUGGAAGAACUCUGAAUAAGGAGUUCAAAAUAAUUCAAAUUAGGAGUUAACAAAGAGCGUCAGACUUGGCAGCCACUAGAGUCUCCACCUUUCACACCCAGGGUGCUGUGUGUGUUCAUUUUUGAGGCUGAUUUCAAGCACUGCUUCCUUGGUUUAUGAGAUCUUCACUGUGUACUUCCAUAUGGAGCCCAUCACCAAGAUGUGCAUCUUUGUACACAAUUGGAAUGGGUGUUAUUAUCACUGAGAUCAAAGGGAGCAUCUUGCUUCAUUUAGGACUCAAAUAAAUCUAAUAACAAUUUUAGUUUUCAAAGUUCCACUUGAAGUCUCUACUCUUCCUAAAAGAAUAUCCAUGCUGACCCAAGAUGUGAUAGCCCACAGAGGUUCACAGUUGAAGUUAGGAGAUUUUGGAGUCAUUACUUCUAGCCCUGACUUCCUGGUCUGCUAACGGCAAAUCCAAGGGUGAUUUGAUGGCUCAUUCAUACAUCUGAAACUUAGCCAGAACUAUACAUGACUUGAGAAGCCAGUGGAAUAGUGGUAGCUCAAGCAAUGAGAGCCAGAGGAAGCUGGGCAUCAUCCUAGAACAAUCCUAGGUUCCUACUGCCUCUUGGGGUUCCAAACACAUGGUAGUGUCUUUUGUAUAUCAUCUUAACUCCAUAGUGUUUUAGAAUUGUGAUGUUUUAUGUUGCCAUUCCUAAGAGAAGGGGGAAAGUAGAACUGAGAAAGAGUAUCUAAAAUCAACAGUGAGAUAAUACCACUUUAUAAGUAUCUCAUCCAAUUUGCUAGUUUUGCCCUUUCCUGUGGAAAAUCCAUCUUAUCUUCCUAUAAGUAGUUUCAACUACUCUGCAUUAAUUUCUGUUUCUAGGUAAUUUAUUUGGUAUGAUAAGAGUAGGUAGCACACCAUACCUCUGCAUAUGUUACCUUUUAACAUCUCUUAUUUUCAUUAACCCAGUUCAUCAACAUAAUAACAAGACUGUUUCAGGAAUUUUGCAAUGUUUCCCCAUGGCAUUUGCUCUUUUUUUUUUUUUCUCUUUCUACAGUUUGACAUGACAGGAUAUACCUCUCCAUUACACAUUGUUUUCUAGAACAAUGCUUCCUCUAAAUAAUCUAAGAAAAGAUGCCAUCCAGAUAGAUAGCUCCAAUGUUUCCUGCCAUCUUCAUAUUUUACAAGCACCCAUCAUUUUUGUGAAGUGCCUGACAGGAGAACCAUGCUAGGAAGGCAUUACCCAUAACUUCCUGGGGAAGUAUUACUCAGCUUCCUUUAUAGGGUCAUAGUGGGAAGGCACACCUGAGAUAAGAGGAAUACCAGGACUGAGACAAUUCCAGUCCACCUUUCUCAUUACCAAUGGCAGCCACUGUGUUUGCUCAUCUUGUAUGGGGAUGGGUUAAGAAACAGGGAGAGAGAAUUCUGUGGAAACUGUAGGAAAAGGAAAGCAAUCUUUAGAUUUAGGAAACAGAGAAGGAGUCCCACUCCUGAAUUUGCUUAAACUUCCUUUUAUGAAUUAAAGUGCAUUUUCAUCUUUGCUUUGCAGUAGAUUUUUGGUUGCUAUGUGGCUGAAUGAUUGUAUGCUUUAAAAUAAGUAAUGCAGUUAAUUUACACUUCAAUAAUGAAAUAUAAAAAUUUUAGCUCUGGGCCAGACUGAAGGCAUCUCAGAGAAGGAAACCCGUUGUUCACUGGCCCUGUCACUGCACAGGCUGUACAAUGCAGUACAUGUGGGAAGUGGUCCGAUGCUUCUGGCACAUGAAUGCUGGACGGCCAUUUCCAAACACACUUCAGCCAAGCCACAUGACAUGAAGGGCAAUAAGGUAGGGGGAUGUGAGGAAAGUAGCCCUGUUAUUAGUCAUGUUUGCAUACAGAGGAUUGAAGUAGACCUUCAACAUGACAGUCCUAAUUAAAAAGGUACUCACUGCAGACUAGACAAAGGGGCUUUUCCUCUUGCUGAUAACUAUUCAGAUGAUGGACAAGUCUUCUUUAAUAAAAGCUUACAAAGAAGACAUCUGAAGCACUGUCUAUGACACUGGGUCAUGUAUUAAUCACUGCAGCUAAUUGUAAAUCUUUCUAUGAAAUACUGAAAAGCCUCUUUGUGAAUUACUACAGUUCUGCUUGAUGCACUUGGUUUGCAAAGACAUUUCUCUGUAUGUGGUGCAUGUCAGCUGUGCUUUGAAAAACAACAAAGUUAGCAGAAUAUGUUCAAUAUAUUUUCUCGGGAAAUAGGGUUUUUAUCAUAUGACUCAUUAUGGAUUUGCCUUACCCUGACAUUUGUGAUAUAAAGGAAAAUCAGGAAAAAAGUAAUUUUCUUGAACAAGAUAUGUUUUUACUUAAUGCAAAUAAAUGUAGUCUGUUGCUUGCAAGGAAAAAAAAUGUCUUCUGGUAUUACUAGGGUAACACGUGCCUCUUUUGUUAAACCAGUCUUGAAAUGCUGGACAGCUUCUGAGUCUGUUUGUCUCUUUUCAUCUGUGCCACACACUAUGACACUUAAAUGACUGUUGCCUUUGAACUAUAUUUGUUAGAGCAGAGUGCAAAUAAACUUCUUUGAGAGGAUAAUGUG